GCCGCGCCUCGCCACAAUGAACGUCGUCCUCUCCAGGGACAGCCGGGUGAGGAGCAUGGAGAACACCGUGGCCAAUGCCGAGAAGUACUUCGGCCAGUUCUGCGCGCUGCUGGCCUCCUACACGCGCAAGACAGCCCGGCUGCGGGACAAGGCUGACCAGCUGGUCAAGCAGCUGAUCGACUUUGCCAACACCGAGAGCCCCGAGCUGCGGGCCACCGUGAGGGACCUGGCCGAGGACCUGGCCAAGGUGCAGGAUUACGGCAGGCGGAGGUGCGUGCCGCUGGAGGCCAAGGUCGUCAGCCCCCUGAAGCUCUACGGAGCCCAGAUCAAGCAGACCCGGGCCGAGAUCAAGAAAUGUAAGCGGGUCCAAAACAAUGAGAUCAAACAGCUGCAGAGGCUGGAGAAACUGAGGCAGAGGUCACCCUCGGAUCGGCAAAUGAUCUCCCAGGCGGAGAGCCACGCUCAGAGGGCCUCGGUGGACACCAGCCGCACCGCCCGCCAGCUGGAGGCCGCGGUGGACGCCUUCCAGGAGCAGAAGCUGAGGACCUCCAGGUGGGGCAGGAUUUUCCUGGACUUUGUGAGCAUCGAGAUGGUGUUCCACGCCAAGGCCAUUGAGGUCUACUCCCACGCCUUCCAGACCCUGGAGAACUACGACCUGGAGGGGGACCUGCAGGACUUUAGAGACAAGAUGCGUGGCGUGGACGGACAGGGCGAGGCCCGGCCGGUCGCCAAGGCCAGCAGCUCUGCGUCUGCGCCCUGGGUGCGAGCCAGCGAGAGCGCGCAGAGCACGCUGCAGAGCCAGAGAGCAGAAGAGGCGGCCGGCGCGUCUGACCCGGCCGAGGACGAACCCCUGGAGGACCUCGGGGGGCAGGGGCGGGGGCACCAGGCCUAGAAAGAGAGUCCUGGCGAGAGGCGGGAGGACGGAGCUGG